GCCUUUGUCUUUCCAUAUAUAUAUAUAUAUUGCCUUUGUUUUUCUGUAACUUAUUCAAUGGAUCAGCACAAAACAACCGCUGGGGCUCUUCAGACACCAAUGACUGGACCUAUCAACAAUCCCGCUGCUCUUGCUCAGGCACUCCUCCAUAACCCCGGCGCUACUCAAGCACUCAAUAAUAAUCCAACUGCUGCUGGCAACCAUGGUGUUACUCAUAAGCCACACCUCAAUAACCCUGGGGUUGGUCAGCAACUCAUCAGCUAUCCCGGAGUUGGUCAGCAACACAUCAACAAUCCUGGUGUUGGUCAGCAACUAAUUAGCUAUCCCGGAGUUGGUCAGCAACACAUCAGCAACCCUGGUGUUGGUCAGCUCAUGGGUGUUCCUGGAUCUGGUCAGGGAUCCAUCAACAAACCUAGUACUGCUCAAGCACUGAUGAGGAGUCCUAGUGAUUCUCGGGCACUCAUCCGGGGUGACCGUGGGAGCAUGUUAAGCAUGUCGGAUGACAAUGUGAUGAUGAACCAAAUUUUGACAACUCAUGCUCCUGAUGGUCGAGAAUUUGAUGUCAGACCUCUUCUCUAUUUGGUUGAGGACAUCCUCAACCGCGCCACCCAACAUGUUGAUUUCCUUGUUAAGGGUACUCUAGAUCAGGUUGAACUGGAAGAGAGAGCCCAAGCAGCAAAUCAUAUAGCUAUGCUUGAAGCUCUUACAUAUACUAUUGAUCGAAUUGCAUGCGAGCUAUCAUACAAGGCUCUGGGAGGUUGUGAUGCACACGCAACAACAACUGCAAUAUUCAACUUGCUAUCAAGCUAUACGUGGGAUGCUAAGCUAGUGAUAUCCCUAUCAGCCUUUGCCUUGAACUAUGGAGAAUUUUGGCUUCUUGCUCAGAUUUACUCCACAAACCAACUUGCCAAAUCAAUGGCAGUCUUGAGGCAACUGCCAUCUUUGCUAGAGCACACAGCUCCUCUGAAACCUAGGUUUGAUGCACUAAACAGUUUGAUUCGGACAAUGAUGGACGUGACUAGAUGUGUCGUGCAGUUCAGAGAGCUGCCAUUAAAGUACAUUUCUCCGGAUGCACCGGCAUUGGCCACUGCCAUGACCCACAUCCCAACUGCUGUAUAUUGGACCAUCAGGAGCAUGGUGGCUUGUGCAACUCAAAUUUCCAGCCUUACUAGCGCGGGUCAUGAGUUUGGAAUAUCAACCACAGAGUCAUGGGAGUUGUCAACCUUGGCUCACAAGCUCAGAAACAUAUAUGAACAUCUAAAGCAGCAGCUGAACUACUGCUACAAACAUAUAGAGGAAAGGAUGGAUAUUGAGAUUUAUCAGAUGCUUCUGGCUAUCUUUGAUCCGAACGUGUUGCACAUUGACAAUAUGAAAGCUCUCAAGGCCUUGAUUUAUGACAAGGAUGAUAAACUGCCCCUCCUUGAUGGUGCUACAAAGAGACAAGUUAGCCUGGACGUGCUAAGAAGGAAAAAUGUGCUCUUGCUCAUUUCAAGCCUCGAAUUCUCCAACGAUGAGCUAGCAAUUCUUGAGCAGAUAUAUAAUGAAUCAAGGAUCCAUGCAACGAGGCUCGAGAGUCAGUAUGAAGUCGUUUGGAUCCCAAUUGUGGAUCAUUCCAUCAUCCCAUUGCCUGAAGAAAUGCAAACCAAGUUCGAGAACCUACAAAGUACCAUGCCAUGGUACUCAGUGCAGGACCCUUUGGUCAUAAAGAAGCCGGUCAUCAGGUUCAUCAAGGAGGUUUGGCAUUUCAGGACAAAGCCAAUCCUUGUGGUGCUUGAUCCUCAAGGGAAGGUGGUUUCCCCUAAUGCAAUUCACAUGAUGUGGAUUUGGGGAAGCACUGCUUUCCCCUUCACUAGUUUGAGAGAAGAAGCUCUUUGGAGGGAAGAAACAUGGAGGCUUGAUCUUCUGGUUGAUGGAAUUGACCCGACGGUCCUCACUUGGGUUAAAGAAGAAAAAUACAUUUUCUUGUAUGGAGGGGAUGAUAUCGAGUGGAUAAGAAGAUUUGUAAAUUCAGCACGCGGUGUUGCAUCUGCGUCUCGCAUUCCUCUUGAGAUGGUGUAUGUGGGGAAAAGCAACAAAAGAGAGCAAGUGAAGAAAGUGACAGGAAUUAUCAAUGCGGAGAAGCUUAGCAAUGCUUGGCAAGAUCAAGCCAUGGUAUGGUUCUUCUGGAGCAGGUUAGAGAGCAUGUUAUUUUCAAAGAUUCAGUUAGGCAGGGGUGAUGACCAAGACCCAAUGCUGCAACAAAUAAAGAAGCUGCUUAGCUAUGGCAGAGAAGGUGGAUGGGCAGUGCUUAGUAGAGGGUCUAAUAUAGCGGUGAAUGGCCAUUCCAGCACAGUUUUGCCUGCUUUGGGUGGUUAUGAUGAAUGGAAGAUAAAUGUGGCUGAAAAAGGUUUUGAUGGGGCAUUCAAGGACUACCAUGACAAGCUUCAUGAUGCUGCUCACCCUUGCUGCCGGUUCGAGUUUCCAAAUACCAUAAGAAUCCCAGAGAAUAUGAGGUGCCCAGAGUGCCCCAGGCUCAUGGAGAAAUACACCGCUUUCCUUUGCUGCCAUGAUGAGCAAGGCAUUCCAGGCUCACUAUUUUAAGCGGGGAUCAGCCCUUCACUGUUGUUCCUACUACUGUUGCUGCUAAAUAAUGAUGUUCCAAUGGGACUCAAAAUCAAUAAUUUUCUUCUAAAAUUUCACUUUGCGUGUUAAGGUUUUGUGUCUGAGAUGUAUCGCCAAUAGCCACUAUGGCCUAAGUUGGCAACCUAUCUAUAGCAGUUGAAAGUAAAAUAAUCAUGUUUGAUUUCCACAUUAUUGUCAGGGAUAUGAAUAUAAUAAAGAAUAAAGUUUAUUUAA